GUUGUGAACGCCGCCGAGAUACCGGGAAAUCGUCGGUCGCGCCGUCGCUGUUACCCCGAACUAUCGCAGUCCGUCAGGUGUCGUCAGACUGUUCGUGCGUUCCGUGCCGGUCGGUUGUUUUCUCUUUCUCGUCGUAUAUGCGAAGUCUUACGAUCACGCGCACCAGUUUACGUAAAAACCCGAGUGACGAAACGUUUUCUCGUAUUAUUUCGCGAAUCGCUUUUGUUACGAUAACAUAGUACUGUACCGCGGUGUUCGAACAGAAUAAAAACGACCAAAUACACAGAUUUCCAGUCAGACGCCCCAACAAUAUUUACGUUGUCUUAUACGAACAGGUCGUACAUAAUGGGCUUGAGAAUAGCUUAAGUACUUUACUGUGUUCGUUAUGAAGUCAAAUUCGUGGGAAUUAAUAUUGGUAGUAGUGGCUUGUCUAGUGUGCAGUACCACUAGCCAUGUCGCCCUUACGUUUCCUCCGGCCCGAACCUACGACCUCGACUUCCUGGAUACAAGCAGAACGCCCGGCCCUUGUGGUAUGCCUAAAGGCUCAGUCAAGACUUCGUUGAUGUCUGGUUCGUCGUUUAACAUCACAUGGCACCUGGCGUAUCCUCACCGGGGAGGAAUCAAACUUCAAGUACUAGACAAUUACCAGAGGCCAGUAUUGGAUUUAACUCCAGUCACGAAAGAUUCUGAUUUUUUGAGAACCGACGCAACAGCUCAAUCGUACGUUGUUCAGUUACCGGGAGAUUUCGUUUGUGAAGAUUGUACCAUUAGAUUACUCAGAGAAGCAUUAGAAUGGGGCAAUAGCUACAGGUUUUGGUCAUGCGCUGAUGUCGAUAUCAAAAACAAAAAAAAUUACCGAGAAGAUUGCAGUGGCAAAGGCCGUUACUUGUUAUCGAAGUGCCGGUGUGACAAACUGUAUUACGGUUCUCGAUGUCAAUAUAAAGAUGAAUGCGUUGAAGACAGCGAUUGUGGUGAUCAAGGCAGGUGUAUAGAUGUCCACGCAACGUCCGCUCCCAGGAAACAAUGUUAUUGCGAGCCCGGAUGGUUUGGACCAGCGUGCACUAAACGAUCAUCAUUGAAAUCAAAUGAAAUUGAUUUGAGCAAUCACAGAUUCAGAGAACUUUCAAAGGACUUUCAUUUAUAUUGGAAAAUAUUCAAAGAAGAAGGCGAAAUUGAAGUUGUGUUAAGAGCGAACAGUACCAGUUACUUAGGGCUAGGUUGGCGACCAAAAGAUUUGACUGCUGAGUGUAAGAAUUUCCCAGCAUUAGCAGACUUGCCGGGAGCAAAAGCUGUAGCAGCAAUACCCAAACCCGAACCAGAACCAGAACCAAAAAGCGAACCUGAACCCAAAAGUGAACCUGAACCCAAAAGUGAACCAGAACCUAAAAGUGAACCAGAGCCAAAGAGUGAACCUGAACCUAAGAGCGAACCGGAACCGAAGAGUGAGCCGGAACCGAAGAGCGAGCCGGAACCUAAAAGUGAACCUGAACCUAAAAGCGAACCAGAGCCAAAGAGUGAACCUGAACCUAAGAGCGAACCGGAACCGAAGAGUGAGCCGGAACCGAAGAGCGAGCCAGAACCGAAGAGCGAGCCGGAACCUAAAAGUGAACCUGAACCUAAAAGCGAACCAGAGCCAAAGAGUGAACCUGAACCAAAAACUGAACCAGAACCAAAGAGUGAACCAAAACCAACGUCAGGACCGAAAUCAAGUAGUAAACCUGAACCAGAACCCGAGCCCACGACAAGCGCAGAACCUUCACCGGAACCUACUACUUUGUCAACAACAACCAUUGCUAGUUCCACUCGGCCUAAACCAUCAUUUUUCCGAACCAGAGGUCGGCUUCAAAAACCAAAGCCUACCGAUGAACCGGAAGCUGCAGUAUCAACUGCUACUGCACCUUUAAGAUCAAAUGGAAGACCUGUAUUUGCUCAAUUACGAAAUACUAGAUCUGCAUCAACCCCAAAUGAACCUCAACCAGAAUCAGAACCAGAACCAAGGCUAAAAGUUCAGGAAGGCCAUAAUCAUCACGAUCACUCUUCACAUGAACAUGAUCACAACCACGAUCACUCUUUACAUGAACACGAUCACAACCACGAUCAUCACCAUCAUACUCACGACCAUACUCAUGAACAUCAACACGAAGCUCCCACAAAAAAAGAACUGAAACUCAAUACGUACACUCCAAAAGAUUUCAACGGGAUGGAUUGUACAGAUUUAGUGAUAGGAAGUGCUAGAGGAUCAUCUAGCAGAGUAUGGGAUUAUUACACAAGAGACAGAUCAACUCCGCGUAUGGACAGCUAUUGGGGUGGAAAGAAUGAUUUAAUCGCUGCAGUUGGAUUUGAAAAAGAUGGAGUAACAACUAUUGCUUUUAGAAAGAAACUUAAAGCCACCGAACCUUCUGAUCACUCUAUCGUAGAUGAAGUCAUGCACGUGAUUUGGGCUAAGGGUCAAGAACAGAAAAACUAUCAGCAUUCACCAAAAUCUGGCCUGGAAAAAGAUGUCGCUCAUGUAAAAGAUUUUUACAAGCAAGAUGAACUUAAAUAUCAUGGCCAUGGGUCUCAGCGUGGUGUGAUUUCUAUUAACUUUUUUGAUGAACCUGGACGACAGCAGCCAUCGACUGACGAUCAAGAUUCAACAAAAAACGCCGAUGAUUCAUUGAUCAAUCGCAAUAAACCGUCAGUCCAGCAGGUUUCCACUCCGGCGCCCAGCAACUGUUACGGUCAGUGGGCGACCCCAAAAGGCUGUAAUGUAACCGCUGGCCAGUGCGAGUACCACGUGGUAUGGACUUAUUCGUCGAAGACCGAUUACAUGCGAUUCACAAUCACCACCACACACACCAGUACUUGGACUGGUAUUGGAUUUUCCGACGACCACAAAAUGAGUCAAACAGACGCCAUAAUUGGAUGGGUGGAUAAAGCUGGAAGGCCGUUCCUUAUGGACACGUGGAUAAACGGGUAUACGGCUCCACUAUUGGAUGCUUCACAAGACUUAAGCAAUAUAACUGGUAACACCGCCGAAGGAUUAACGACGUUGAGCUUUAUGAGGAAACGAUCGACCGGUGAUACCAAGGAUAUGAUGUUUUCGGAUGAUAAGUGUUUGUAUUUAACGUUCAUCGUCAAAGGAGGGGGUUACAACCCGGUGAAUAAAAAAAUCAAAAAGCACGAAGUCUUGCCAAUGUUUUCCAACGAAAGAGUGUGCAUAAGACCUUGUGGUGCCGAAGAGGAUUGGGAAUUAGCCACUACCACAACCGCGCCAAAAGCGGCGUAUAAUGUUGCCAUUAAGUUGGUGAAAUUAGGUGAAAAUUUUGUUGUGCCCCCGGCUGGAAGUCCUGAUUUUGAUGCCUUAGCCAACACAGUCACCAGCGGUUUCAAAAAAACUUUAACUAAAUUGCCUGAGUUCUACAAGAUCAGCGUUGAUGAGUUUUCUCAGGAUAACGACAAUGUUGUCGCCAAAAUGAGUGUCGAGUUAGACGAGAGUGGCGGUGGAUCGCGCGGCCGUGCAUUGGGUACUGACGAGGGUGCCGAACAAUUGGAGCGCGUUUUAAGGAGUACCGUAAACAGCGGUCAUGUUGGCGCUCUAUCAUUGGAUCCUAAAUACUUUGUUUUUGAAGCAGCUCCAUUGUCCAGUACGAUUCCAUUAGAAGAAAACGUCAAUGAAAGUAUAUUAUUGUCCACGACAAAAUUAUGGAUCGUUAUAGGAUGCAUUUCCGCUUUGGUGUUUAUCGCCAUCGUUCAAGCCGGAUGCACAAUUUAUAAGACAGCUCGAAGACCUAGACCAAACCACAAGGAUCACGGUGGUGUGAAUUCCGCUUGGAAGGAUUAUUCGUCCGGCGGCGGCGGACCUAACACCAAUUACGCUUUCGACCAGUACGACGGCGACGAGAAACAAUCGCCCAGCUCGUUGAGCCACACUUCCACCAUACCGCUGACCACAAAGUUGGUGUCGCACAACGGCAGCGGCGGCGGUAACCAUUACGCCGAGUCGCGGUCGUUGCACAGGCCCGCCGCGACCGCGGCCGCGGCGGCCAACGGCGGCGCCGGCCGUCACAUGCACAGCCGCCCACCUCCGCCGCCCGCGCACCAACAGCAGCUGCUCCACCAGGACAGGGCCGCGGGCACUUACUCGCUGCCCAGGCCCACGCAACAGCCGCCCCACCACAACGGCGGUUAUUACACGCACAGGCCGCCAAACCGGACGGCGCAUCACGGGCCGCCGCACCAGCAGCAGUCCGCCGGCGGCGAUCAGCUUCAACCGGACUUUUACUUCAUGCCGUCGCAGAGGAAGUACUCCGGUGAGGUGGUCAGGGUGUACGUGGACUACAACACGAACCCCAGGAAAUGAACAGGAAGCCUCGCGCCCCUGUAUUUUAUAUACUUAUAGUAAUCGUUUUUGUAAAUAUAUAUCUGAAAAUUAUUUUUUCUACAUACAUUAUAAUAUACUUACUACACGCUCACACACGCAUACACGCGCACACUCACACGUACUCUUCGUUUAUUAUUCGCCAUAAUAUGUCUGUGUGUGUGUGUCUUUACGUUUAAAUUGCGCAACUUAAUAAUUAUUUUAAUAAAUAUUAUAUUAUUAACCUAACCUCUUUCGUUUUCGAGACGUUCGGUCGGAUUAUAUCAUAUUAUGACAUUUUAUAGUAUCACAAUCGUGUGCCAUUUCAACCGACAAGUACGUUAGUAUAUUAUACGUACCUAUCGCUAUUAUAAUUGUCGACGCGAUAUCAAAAAAUUUGGUUUGAUAGACGCGCAGUCACUGUGCAGGACAGAUCAAAACCUAUCCGCUUACCUUAUAAUGAUAGGUAAUAUCAUUGCGUUUUUGCUUCGCGAUAUUGUUAGUAUGACAAUAAAUGCGUGUGGGUGUGUGUGUUUGUGUGUGUGCGUGUGUUCGUAUAUAAAUAUUUAUGGACGUUACAUAUUAUAGGAACACUGACGCACGUUGUUAUUUACGUGUCAAGCCACUACACAUUGACUGUAUUUUUAUUUUUAUUAUUUUAUUUUAGAAUAUCAUUUUUUUUUCGAUUUUAUAGUCUAUUACGUAAAAUAGUUUAGUAAUAUUAUAAUAGGCGCGAGUGAUUUGUAUACCGCGAUAGAUUUCAACAAAAUAUAUAGUGCAAAACGUCGUCAAUCGAAUCAAUAUUAUAAUAAAUUAUGCCUAAGUAUAUGUAUAGAUUCUUAAGAUAUAUUAUAUAUAUAAUAGCUAUGUAACUGUUUGCUCAUUUAGUUGAAAAAAAAACGUAAUUAAUAUUAUGAUUUUUUUACAUAUAGUACUCGUAUAUAACAUAUUAUUAUUAUUACGAUUAAUAUGUUUUUAUAGAAUUUAAUAUUUGUUUGUACUUAUUUUUUAGUUAGACGAAUACCAUAGAUAAAUUAUAUAGUGAAUAAAAUGUCUUAAUAGCUAAUAUUAACAUAUUAUAUAGGUACAUUAUACUAUAUUAUUAUGUUGUGUAACCUUAAUUUAACCGUAUGAGUACUACAAUGGCAUUAGUCUAUCCGCGUCAAAAAUAUUUUCACUGUGCAAUAUCAUGUAAUAUUAUUAUUAUAUUUAUAUAUACGCAUGUCCUGUGAAACCGGAAAAAUAUUAUGAAGCAUUAAAUAUGUUUUUAUUCCGACUAUUUUGUAUAUACACCGAAAGUGGCAUUAAACUUUAUAUUUCUGACGCUGUAAACUAUAUAUUAUACGUUUGCAAAAUAAUAAAUAAUAUGUAUAAUUUAAUAUAUAGUUAUUAAAAAUCAUUUAUUUAAUAA